AUGGCCGACCCCGACAACAGCGCCAGUCAUGGGACCGUCAGGCUGCGCGGAUGGUGCUUCUGCGCCAACCACGGCCUGGAGUACUGCCACCGCUGCUGCAUGGACUUCCGCAUGUGCAACAACGUUCGGCUGCAAGACGAACUAACAGAGGAGCAGCUGGAGCGUCUCACUGAACAGGCCAUCGGCGUGCCCGACGACGCCCGGCCGCCGCUGCACGUCCAGGGCGCUUACGAGCUGCUGCGGGACGGCACGGCGGUGUGCUUCGCGCACAGCGCCGUGGGCUGCGAGCGCUGCUUUGAUUUCGAGAGGCAGGUGAUGGACGGCUGA